AUGUCUGCCGGCCCGGUCCACCCCUUCUCUGAACCGGCAAGAUGGAAGUAUCUCGACAGAAUACGCACCCGGCCAGGGCCCUUCACCACCCCCGAGAUGUUCAGCGGUGAAACGAGCGCAGAAGCCAUGGACAAGAUGAAGAUCCUCGUUAUCGGCGCCGGCGGUCUAGGCUGCGAGCUCCUCAAGAACCUCGCCCUCUCGGGCUUCAAAAACAUCCACGUCAUCGACAUGGACACCAUCGACAUCUCCAACCUCAACCGCCAGUUCCUCUUCCGCCAGUCAGACGUCGGCAAGUUCAAAGCCGAAGUCGCCGCCGCCUUCGUCGAGAAGCGCGUCAAAGGCGUCAAAAUCACCCCACACAACUGCAAAAUCCAAGACUUUGACGAGGAUUUCUACAUGCAAUUCCAAAUCGUCGUCUGCGGCCUCGACAGCAUCGAAGCCCGCCGCUGGAUCAACGCCACCCUCGUCAACAUGGUCGACGAGACGAUAGAAGACAGCUACAAACCCCUCAUCGACGGCGGCACCGAAGGCUUCAAAGGCCAAGCCCGCGUCAUCCUCCCAACCAUCACCUCCUGCCUCGAAUGCCAGCUCGACAUGCAUGCCCCCCGCGCCGCCGUCCCCCUCUGCACCCUCGCGAGCAUCCCCCGUCAGCCAGAACACUGCAUCGAAUGGGCCCACGUCAUCGCCUGGGACAAAGAGAAACCCUUCCCCCAGCUCGACAAGGACGACCCCGAGCACAUCACUUGGCUCUACCAAAAAGCCCUCCUCCGCGCAAAGGAAUUCAACAUCUCGGGCGUGACAUACUCCCUCACCCAGGGCGUGGUAAAGAAUAUCAUCCCGGCCAUCGCGGCAACAAACUCGGUCAUCGCCGCGGCCUGCUGCAACGAAGCCCUCAAAAUCGCUACCAACUGUGCCCCUUAUUUGGGCUACCCGGAGAAUAACUACAUGAUGUACUCGGGCAACGACAGCAUAUACACGUACACGUUCAAACACGAGAAAAAGGACGACUGUCCUGUUUGUGGUGUUUCGGCGAGGGAGUUGGCGGUUGAUCCAAAGUGGACGCUGCAGGAGCUGGUGGACUCGUUUGCGGCGAGGCCGGAGGCUCAGCUGAAGAAGCCGAGUGUGAGGGCGGAGGGCAAGACGCUUUAUAUGCAGAGCCCGCCUAGUUUGGAGGAGCAGACGAGACCGAACUUGGAAAAGACGCUUGCGGAGGGGCUGGGGUUGGUGGAUGGGCAGGAGAUUGGUGUUACGGACCCUGCUUUUGCUACGGUUUCGUUCAAGUUUAGGUUGAAGUUUACUUGA